AUGGCUAAAUUGAGUAGAAGAAGAACAAUUGAAAAAGAAUUAAAUGGUGAUACUUCACCAUUGACUAGAACUUUAUCAAUUGAUUCAAUAUCAUCAUUAUUUAAAAGAAAAAGAAAAAGAGAUACCUCGGAAUCAAUUAAUGGAGAAAAGGACGAAACAUCAAAAAAGUCAAUAACUCAAGGAGCAGUUGAUAAUAAAUUGGACUUAGAAGAGAAAGAACAACAAUUAAAGAAAAGAAAAAUCAAAUCAAGAAAGGAAGAAGAAGAAUUUGAAGCAAAUGAAAAAAAAUUGGAUGAAGAAUUACCAGAAGAAUUACGUAAGUUUAGACCAAGAGGUUAUAAAUUUAAUAUUCCACCAAAGGAUAAACCAAUUAGAAUUUAUGCUGAUGGUGUUUUUGAUUUAUUUCAUUUAGGUCAUAUGAAACAAUUGGAACAAGCAAAAAAGUCUUUCGAUAAUGUACAAUUAGUUUGUGGUAUACCAUCAGAUGUUGAAACUCAUAAAAGAAAAGGUUUGACUGUAUUAACAGAUGAACAAAGGUGUGAAACUUUGAUGCAUUGUAAAUGGGUUGAUGAAGUUAUACCCAAUGCUCCUUGGUGUGUUACUCCUGAAUUUUUGAAAGAACAUAAUAUAGAUUAUGUUGCUCAUGAUGAUCUCCCUUAUGCAAGUUCAGAUAGUGAUGAUAUUUAUAAACCAAUAAAAGAAGAAGGGAAAUUUUUAACAACUCAAAGAACUGAUGGUAUCUCCACCUCAGAUAUUAUAACCAAAAUUAUACGAGAUUAUGAUAAAUAUUUAAUGAGAAAUUUCGCAAGAGGAGCAACAAGAAAAGAAUUGAAUGUAAGUUGGCUUAAAAAGAAUGAAUUAGAAUUUAAAAAACAUAUAAAUGAUUUUAGAACUUAUUGGAUGAGAAAUAAAAUAAAUUUAAACAAUGUUAGUAGAGAUUUAUAUUUUGAAAUAAGAGAAUUUAUGAGAGGUAAAAAAUUCGAUGUUCAACAAUAUUUAGAAAAUCAAAAUCAAAAAUUAAUAAAUAUUGGAAUUAAUGGAAAUAACAAUAGUAGUAGUAAUAGUAGUAUUAAUUCUUCAUUUAGUGAUGAUGAAGAUACAUUGUCUUCAAGAAGUCCAUUAGCUGAAUUUGCUGCAAAAUAUGUUGGUAACGCAAAUAAAGAAUUAAAUAAUGCAGGAAAAGCUAUAUUUCAAUGGAUACAUAAAAAUGAUGAUGAUUCAUUUGAUGAAGAUGAAGAUACAGAAAUCAAACCAAUUGAAAUUAAACCAUCUAAAAGAUCAAGACGAAGAAGUAGUUCAAAUGGAUCAGCUGGAAUUCUUAAAUCAGCCACUCCUGUCAAAUCUAUAAAACCUUUGAAUGAUACUAUCACUCCUUCAAAAAGUCCAGCUAUUAAAAAAACACCAAAAAAGAAAACUGGUAUUCCAAAGUAA